AUGGCACCCUUUCCUACAAAAUUUUCCAUACUCCUCACCUUCGCCUACCUGUUCUUGUGUUGCCAAUGGUCGCAAUAUCCUAACCACCAUGUAAUUCCAUUAGACAUACUAUACGAUAAUGGCACUAGUCAGAAUGCUCCAUUAAAUAUAAGAAUUGGCAGAUCACUAAUGGGUGAAACUAAAAUCCAAGGACCACCACAACCACGACCAAAACAGAAUAAAUUCCUUGCUAGUCCUAAAGGAGCUUCUCCUAGAAAUAGCGCGUCGGAUGGGAUGUCUAAAACAUCAAGUACGGAAGCUAAAUCAAAAGUGCUGAUACUUCUAAAAAUUAAGGAACAGUGUAGAAGAAUGAAAAUCGGAACUAGAAAAUGUUGUAACAAAUUGGCACAUGCUAUUAGUGAAAAUAAGGAAUGGCUCCUUCCCGUAUUGGCCAUUUUAGUUUUUUAUCCAGCAGCUCUCCAUUGCAUAUAUCUUUUUGUUAUGUCCUAUACUGUUUUCCUAUAUCCGUGGAAGGAUUUUUACAUUACAGUUCCUUUAUUUAUGGUAUAUGUAUUAUUAAGCGUCCUCGUGGGAAAGAGCUCCUGGUGGGAUUGA